GACUGCUAAGGCUUCUUUUUCGGUAGCCGUGUACCGUUGUUGGGUGGUGCUAAUGGCGUUUUCGUUUAUUCCUAGAGCGAACCUAGGUUCGCCCUCGUUUCGCCCUAACCGCUGUCAAAACGUUUUUUUAUUCGAUAGAGUCAAACCCAGGUUCGCCCUAGAUCCGACCCAAACACGAACAGGUUCGCUCUGAACUUUUUUCGGGAUCCAACCCAGGUUCACCAAUACAUGCAAACACGAACUGUCAAACUCAAGUGUUUAUUUACUUUUGCACUGCAGAAGAAGGUGCACAAAAUUGUUCAAAAGUUUACUGACGAUGGACUUGAUAGAUUUAUUGGUCUCGAGCUCAUCGGAUGACUCUGAUUCCGACUCCGAGGUGCUUUUCAACAUAUUUUUUGGCACUCCAGGCGACCCAACAGUGAACAAAAUCCGAGUGGAAACCUUCGUAGAAGAUGUCAUUGAUAAAUACAGCGAUGAGCAGUUUCGCCAACAGUUCCGACUGAAGAAGAGUACUGCAGAGCAUCUAAUCGACCGAUAUCAAUCAUCGUCCUACGGUCGCAUUAACGAGGGAAGAGGAAGAAAAGGAAUUCCACCCAAGAAUCAAAUGCUAGCCUUCAUUUGGUUCAGCGCAAACAAAGAUUCAUACAGAGAAGUUUGUAAUCUUUUCAACAUGUCUGAAUCAACCUUCUUCAAUCAUCUGAAUUCAGUAUUGGAUUUUUUCUAUGACAUCUCCAAACAAGUCAUCGCCUUUCCUGAUACUGAUGAGGCAAAAGAACAAGUUGCGGCAGAUUUUAGAAAGCUAUCCAGAUUUGAGAAUGUCAUUGGCUGCAUCGAUGGUACCUACAUACCCAUCCGAAAACCAGCCAACAAGAUAAGAUCAACGUACAUCAAUAGGCACGAUAUGGUUUCAAUGACAGUUCAAGGAGUCUGUGAUGCUGAUCAGAAAUUCUUGGAUAUCUGUGUUGGGUCUCCAAGCAAAAUCCACGACUCCCGUAUAUUUACUCUAUCCCCGUUAAGUGACGAGUUGCCAGGGAUUUGUGACCAAAGAUAUCAUCUUCUUGGUGACGCAGCAUACCCUCUGCGCGAAUAUUUAUUAACACCCUACAGGAACGACGGACGAAUGAAUCGACAAAGGAGGAAAUAUAAUCUAAUGCAUGCUCAAACACGAGUCAAAAUUGAAAAUGCAUUUAGUUUAUUGAAAAAUCGGUUUAGACAACUUGUGCGACUGGAUUUUUUCACAGUGGAGAGAAUGUGCAAGUUUGUCAUGGCAUGUUGCGUAUUGCAUAACGUUUGCAUUAGUUUAAACGAUCACCUUGAGGACAUUCAGAACAUUCAGGACGGUUUAAAUAAUGAAGCUGAGGUAAGGAAUACAGCUGCCUAUCGCGAUCCAGAUAUCAGAGACGCUGCUCUUCGGAGACUUGGAGAAAUCAAGAGAGAUAAUAUAGCCAACAAUUUGUAAUAAGCAAAGCACAUUAGAUUCACAAUAAAAUGUCAUAUACAAAAUAUGCAAGAUAUCUAUCAAAAUCUGUACAAAAUGUAUCGCAAAUAUAUAAAAUAAAACUAACAGAAAACCACAAAUUGAA